AUGGAGCUGCUGGAAACGAGCUCGCUGUGGCCGUCGCUGCGAGGGAGCUCGGUCGUCCUGCGUGCCGCGGACGGCAUGACGCCGUUCAUGGCCGUGGAUGUGCGCGCGCAGAGUGCGGGGGGCGAGGCGCUGCGGCUGUACGUGCUCACAGGCGCCGGCGUGUGUUGGUCCAUCCCCGCUCUCUUCCCCCGCGAGGCCGAUCCGCGCAGCUCGAGCAGGCCGGUAGAAAGCCCAGGGCGUGAUUGGACGAGGGCCUGGCCGCAGGAUCUCCAGGGACGCUUCACCAGCCCGGCGGAGGAGCGAGAGCAGUCCACGCCGCAGGCGGCGAUCGCGAAUUUGGCUGUCGAGCACGCGACGCGCCGUCUCCUCAUCCCGACAGUCGCGGCGCUCGCCGAGGUGUCGGGCAUGGCGGUGUGCAGCGGGCGCGUGGUCCUCGCUGGCAACGCCCCGGACGGCGCGGGCGUCGUCGUCGCCAUCCCGUGCGGCUACAUCGACUCGGACCGCCCCACGGCUGGCGAACCGUUCUACGAGCUCCAGCACUCGGAGUCCCUACCCCAGAGCAUCUACAAGCGCAUCUUCGGCGCGCCCGGCGGGCCGUCCGUGGCAGCGGUUGCGGCCCUGCCCACCGCGUCCCCCGUCCUCGCCGUCGUCCGUUCGUCCGGCGCGCUCGAGAUAUGGGACGUGGAGUUCAGCGACCGCCUCGCCAGCACGUCCACGCCGGCCUGCGACGGCGCCGUGCUCGUGUGCGAGGACGGGCGCGACGCGGCGCUUGUCGGGAUCACGCACUCGCUUCCCGACGGGCGGUUCGCGGGCAUGUCGCUGUACUGCGUCACGGCGGACGGCGGAGGCUCCACCGCGACGUCCGCGGGCAUCGCGCAGAAGUGGCACUCCGCGGACGUGCGGGGGGAGGCAGUUGCGAUCGCACGCGCCGGGCCCGGGCGGACCCCGGCCGUUGCGGUGCUGCUGCGGGCCGGCGACGUCCGCGUGUGGUCAUCUGCGGACGCGCGCGCCCGCAGCGGAGACGUCGAGUUCGAGACGGUGCGCGAGCGCGCCGAGGAGGCCGUGUCGUGGGCGCGCGGGAGCGGUCCGAGGGCGGCAGUCGAGCGCGUGGCGGUGCGGGAGGCGACCUCGGACGAGGCAACUGCUAUGGUGCUGGAAUCCCUGUGCGCCGCUGGCGUACCCGCAGCGGCCGAGAGCGCGCGCCGUGUGGUGACCGUGGACCCGGAGCGCGGCGUGGACCCGGAGCGCGGCGUGGCCCCGCAGGCGGUACAGGACGCGUCGGUGCGGGCGUCGCUGGAGUGGCAGCAGGGUCAUGUCGCUGUUGGCCUGGCGCGGGACCCGGCGGGGGCGGUCGUCGUUGGUCGCGCGGGCGGGAUCCUCGGGAUCGGCAUUGCGAGCACGUCGGCGUACGGCGGCGCGGAUUCGGGGCUUGCCGAGGCAUGUUCCGUCAUGGUCAAGUUGAUUGGGCCGACACUGCGCGCUCGAGUGUCGGUGGGCGCGCUGGCAGGGCGGGACCUCGCGGGGCUCGUCGAGGACCUCGCAGCGUCGCUGACGCGCGGGCCGGAGCUCGUGGGGCUGAACCAGCGCGAGCGCGAGGAGGCGGGCAGGUGGCGGGCGCGCCUGCGUGUCCGUGUGCUGAUGGCGGCGCGCAGGACCGUGGACAGCCUCGGCGGGUCCGCUGCGGCGACGGUACGGGCGCUGGCGAUGCAGCUGCUGCCUACACGAGAGGGGACGCAGGAGCUGCGCCCCGGGGACGUCGAUCCGCGGCAGAAACUGCUGGGUGCAGCAGCAGCGUCAGUGCUCGCAGAAGAGCGGGUGCACGAGGCGCUGGCGCUGGCCACCCUGCUGAAGCUGCUUCCGCGGACCGGCGGCGACGACGGCAUCGCGGAGGUCUAUCCGGACGUCCUCGGCGUCCUGCAGCGCCUGCUGGUCGUGCGGUGGGUGCUACGCCUGCGCUCCGGCGGUGCUGCGGCUCCGGACAUCGAUGCGCGGCCCCGCGGCCAGAGCCCGCUGACGGCGUCCGUUGGCGCUCGUGCAAGCCCUGCGCGAGCGCUCCGUGGGACGCCGCCGCUGUGGGAGCUGUUGGAGGCGGUGGGGGAGGGGGGGGUGCUGCACGUGCCGCGCGAAGGGGUCUCGGCGACGGCGCUCGGCCGCGCAGUGUGCGCGGCGUUCGUGUCUCUCGGCGACGAUCUCCCGGGCAUGUUGUCGUCGCUGUCCGUCGGCCUCCUGCGCAAACGGCCUGAGGACGCCACGCGUGGUUGGUUGAGUCAGCUCGCCGCGCUCGGAGCCCCGGGCAGCGCGUCGAAGAGCGAGCCCGCGCUGCUGCUCGCCAACGCCCUCGGCAUGCUCGGCACCGUCCAGCGCCACGGCUCGGCCAGCAAGGCAACAGACCUGAUGCUGCGUGCUGCUCGCAGCGCUGCAGCCACGGCCACCCAGGGCGACCGAGCCGCGCUGGACCGCUUCCUCGACCUGCUCAAGUGCCUAGUAGGCAGCCAUGCGCGCCUCGCCGACGACCUCGCGGAGGCACGAAUCUUGCUGGAGCUGUUUGAGCACGUUCGCUAUCUUGGCAUGGCGGUGGUGUUCUCUCCGCUUCUCGACGCCGCGCUGCAGGCGGCGCUCGCUCACAGCGCGGACAGCGAGGACGCGCGGACGCUGGCUUCGACCGUGUGGGCGCGGCGCUUCGCGGUGGCGCUGGCGGACUGCGACUACGCGUCCGCGUACGCCAGCAUCGUGUGCGCGCCCGGGUGGGUGAGCGGCGCAGCGCGGGACUGCCUCGAGGACCUCGUGCAUCAAAUGCUGUCGCGUGGGCUCGUCGAGGAGGUCUGCGGACUGCCUUGGGCGGGAACGCUGCCUUGCUCCCAGCCAGGCCAGACGCUGUGCACAGCCGCUCAAGUCGCCGACGUGCUCGCGCGGAGGGCGGAGCACGCGUCGGUUGCGGCCUCCAAGUGCCGCUACCUCACGCUCUACGCGUUUCACGCCACGCGCCACAACUUCCGCGCCGCAGCGGCCGCCAUGCUCCAGUACGCACGGCGCCUGUCCGCGGAGGCCCCGGCGGGCGCGGAAUCCGCCGACGAGGCCCACCAGGCCCUCAUCACGUGCAUCAACGCGCUCCACCUCGUGCCCGAGGAGCAGCGCUGGCUGCCACUGCCGCAAGAGUCCCCGGCAGACGCGGCUGUGGCCCAGCGGCAGCGACACCGCGACGCCGGCAGGGCGACCCGCUCGCUCGUGACGCUGUCGGAGCUAGAACAGGACGUUGCGCUCGCCCGCGCAUGUCGCGACGCGACGCGACGCGGAGCGCAACUUCCGCUCAGCCGGGACCUGUCGCAGGUGGUUGAGCGCCUCGUGCAACUCCGGGACUUCGCGGCGGCGACGGACCUGAUCUGCGGUGCCGCGCGAGCCGUGCCACCUCGCGAGGACCCACAAGUGCUGCGCGGGCUCGCAUGCAGGGCCGUCUCCGAGCUGGCGGAGGUCUGCGCAGAGCAGCAGCGCAACGCAACGCCUUCGCGUGCGGCUGCACCACGGAAGGCCUGGCACCAGCUGCGCGUAUCGAUUGAGUCUCUGCGGGGCGCUGCGCCGGCGCUCGACGUGGUCGCGGCGGCUGCGGACGCAGUGCUGGGCAGCGGCUCAUUGGGUUCGGCACACAAGUGGCCAGUUGCCUUGCCUCGCUGGCUGCGGGACAUGCUGGUCAGCCCGCAGCGCGGCACGGCGGGCUUCGCUGGCCCUGGGCACGACCCUGCUGCUCUUCUGCGGCUGCUGCUGCGGCAAGGGAUGCUUGCAGAUGCCGCAGAGGUGGCGCUCGAGUGCUUGCGUGCGGCGCACUGGGCGCUGGACCAGCCUCACGCUGCGGACCACGCUGGCGCGCAGUGGGUGCCGUACGACUUGCUCGCCGAGCUCGCAGGCAGGCUGGAGGAGGCGGGAGAAAGGAAGCUGCGGAGAGCUCUGCUAAUGGCCUUGGUCGAUCGGGGCGACCAGCUUGCCGUGUUCCGCGCCCAGGGCGUCGGACGGGGAUGGUAG